AAUGAAUGCGUUUAUAAAAGAACUAUUAUCAAUACCAAAGCAUGUUCCAUGGCAUACUAUUAAACCUUUCGAAGAUCAUUGCCAAAUUAUUGAAGCUCUGAAAAAUGACGUCAAAAAAUUGAUAUCUACAGCUAAAGAUAAGAUUAAGAACUCCCUUCAAACAGUAAAUAAGAAUAUAACUGUGGAAGCUAAGAAAGCUCUACAACUAGUUGACGAACACUCAUUAAAAUUACGUAAAGAAAAUGCUGGGUUCUACAAUAAUAAGAUACAGUUAUUGGACGAACUUACAAGAAACAUAAAUAAGACUGAUUCUCCAAAAGAUAUCGAGCAGUAUAACAGUCUUCUUAAUGAGAUACACUGCAGACAGCAACAAUAUGACUGGAAACCUGUACAAUUUAUAUACCAAGACAGCUUUACUGGAAUCUUUGGGUGUUUAGAAAAUUCAGAAAUCUAUGACGACAACAAUUCAGGCUCUGAUAUAUCGGAUAGUUAUAUUCAACAAGUUUAUGGAGCUCUUUGGGAGUCUAAACCUCCUCAAGAGGAAGUCCGUGAUAAAAAACAAGCUUGUAACAACAUUUCAAGUUCUGUUGGCAUAAUAGAAAACGUUCCAUUGAAGCUGACUAGACAGGAUGAAGAUGAUAUUCCACCACCUUUACCUGCUAGACCUAAGUCUAAGAUUCCAUCAUCUAUACCAAAUUUAAAUGAAAAUGUUAAAUCUUCUUCAUUAUUUAAAAAGUUAAAAGGAAAUUUUCUAUCUAAAACAGCUUCUUCUCGCGGAAAAACUUCAGAAAAUAUAUCACCCGUAUUACCAAAUCCUCCUAAAACGGAACCCGAACCCCUUCCAACGUAUAAUGAUGAAUGCAUUUAUGACAGCGAUGGAGAGUAUUGGAGUGAUGAUACAGAAUAUCAAAGCAAUAGCGCAAUUCAGAAAAGGCCAUUACCUCCACCCCCUCUUCCUAGAAGACCUGACGAAGAUGUCAAUAGAGAAGAAAAUGAAUACUAUGAUCUUUCGCUUGCGGCGAAUGACAAAAAAGAGACCAAUUUCUCACCUACUCCAGGAACUCGACCUCCUGUACCUAUGAGAAGAAAAUUACCUCCUUCACCACUACAGCCAACAGCUCCAGAGGAGACUGACGAACAAACAAGCGUAAAUUUAAAUUUUUCCCUUGCCAAUGCUAUUAGUGAAGCCGUAAAAAAUUUACAAAUGGAUAAAGAAAAAAAAGCGCGAGCAGCCGGCCAAUUAGAGCAGACUAUGCCAAAUUCAACAGUGGCAAAUAAUUCACAAAAUACCAAACAAGAAAUCGAAACCAGUCAACCUGAAACGGAAUCACAUGUGCGCUUUGCCGGUAGAACAGUAAUUAUCACUGGUGCUAACAGUGGUAUUGGUAAGGCAACUGCUAUGGAAUUAGCUAAACGAGGUGGUCGCGUAAUUCUAGCCGUUAGAGAUUUAAAAGAAGGAGAAACCGCUCUGAAAGAGAUUCGUGAGAGUUCCUUCAAUAAAAAUAUUACAGUAGAAAAGCUGGAUUUAGCGGAUUUGUCCUCAGUAAGAGAAUUUGCCGAAAAUAUCUUACAAAGAGAAAAAAGGUUGGAUGUUCUAGUGAAUAACGCGGCUGUAAUGAUGUGCCCUAAAAAAUUGACUAAGGACGGAUUCGAAGAGCAAUUGGGAGUAAAUCAUUUAGGACAUUUCUUACUUACUAAACUUUUACUGCCAAAGCUUCAAAGUCACUCGGGUCGAAUAGUAAACGUUACAUGCUCGGCUUUUAAGCAAGCAUCUAUAAAUUUUGACGAUCUAAACUCUUCUAAAUUAUACGAUAAAUAUUCUGCCUAUUCACAGAGUAAGCUGGCAAAUAUAUAUUUUACAGAUCAAUUGGUCAAAAGAGAAAGCUCUGUCAAAUCUAUGGCCGCAAACCCUGGGGUUGCUAAGACAAAAAUUGGACGUCACAUAAGUGUGUGGCUAAGUCCAGUCUCGUCUGUAUUUAUGCAGACUGCUCAUGCCGCUGCCCAAACUGUAAUUUACUGCUGUGUUGAUCCAGAAGUUAUUGAUCAUUCUACAUUUUACUAUGAAAAGCUAAAACCUGCUGAUGUAGAAGUGGACGAUCAAAAUUCUAAAAGACUUUGGGCAAUAAGUGAUCGUUGGACAAGUUAG